AUGAAGCCUGUCGUAUCCGCCUUUAAUGCCUGGACAUGUGUUGUCAUCUCCGUCUUCGCCAUCGUCAUUCUCUCCGUCAUUGGUGCUCUCUUCAAGACAAACAACCACUCCAUGAUGGGUUCUGAGGAAGACCCCGCCGACGGCGCUGCCGUCGCUGCCUCUGUCUUUGGUGCCGUUGCCAUCUAUGGCGCUUUCCUCGUCUUUUGCGCCGGCCAAGCUUAUCUGCACCAACGAGACAGAUCAAGAGGCGCCAUUGCCCUGUCAUAA